UUUCCCCCAAAAGUGAGUUUGGGCAAUGUCCUAGGGCUAAAACCACACAUAAGUAGUGUCCUGUAGCAAAAUUUGCCGGCAAGGUAUUGGUUUCUAGAAUAAUUUUUUUAAGAUCUAUUUAUAGAAUAAGAUUUUUAAAAGGACCAAAAGUUAGGCACUGAUUAGUUCCCAAAACAAAAAUUUUCAUGCUAUCACAUCGAAUGUUUGGACACAUGCAUGGAGUAUUAAAUGUAGGAAAAAAAGCAAUUACACAGAUUGCGUGUAAAUUGCGAGACGAAUCUUUUAAGCCUAAUUGCGCCAUGAUUUAACAAUGUGGUGCUAUAGUAAACAUUUGCUAAUGAUGGAUUGAUUAGGCUUAAUAAAUUCGUCUCGUAGUUUCUUGGUGGAAUCUGUAAUUUGUUUUGUUAUUAGACUGCGUUUAAUACUUUAAAUAUGUCUCUGUAUAUCUGAUGUGACAACCAAACCCAAAAAAUUUUCACAACUAAACAAGGGCUGUGUUUAGUUCACACCGAAAUUGAAAGUUUGGUUGAAAUUGGAACGAUGUGACGAAAAAGUUUGAAGUUUAUGUGUGUAGAAAAGUUUAAUGUGAUGGAAAAGUUGGAAGUUUAAAGAAAAACUUUGGAUCUAAACACGGUGAAGACCUUAAAGAAAAAUUCAGCUGACAUGAACCUUAGAUCUCUCACCAGCUGAGGCGGCGCAGCAUGCACCGCGCACAAGACGGCCGGAUCCCCGCCUUGCAGGGGUCGCAGGCCUCGUGACCGCGUAGCUCCGGCCGCGCGGUGGCCGUUUGCCGGGUGGGUAUCCCCCCGGUCGGCACACGCGCGUCACGGUGAAACGCAGCGCGGAUCGCGUACGUGAAAAACCCAUCAUAUCCUUUCGUUUUUUGCACGAGAAGGAAGGAGGGCCGCGGCCUACCUAGCUUCCUCGGCGUACCGCGCGGCGACGCUUAGCUUUUCAGCUCACCUCUCCUCCACCCAACCAUCGAACGACCGAGUCGCUUGGACGGCACACUCCGCUAGCUCUGACCGCGACCAGUCGUUCGUACCUGGCUACGUACUGCACUCCAUUCUAGUACUGUACGCCUGUGUACCGCUCGUGUCGACUAACCUACAUGUACGACUGCUUGAUGAGCUCACUAUAGCUAGCAACACCAACACGUAUGCACGCGCAUAUAGUAGCUUUCGCACGGGUUAAUUGAUUAAUCCUUAAUUAAUCGCGUCGCCUGCUGGUCUUGGGUCGUCGUCUUGGCACAUGUGGUCUUGUAGAAGCUACUACAUGAAAUAGCAGAAGCUAUUUUUCCUCCCCGCGACCACCGGUCGACGCUGCAUUGUUGGCACGUUUGCUCUGUCCCCUGGAAUUUGCAAGAGCACCUUCUCUGCUUUUUUAUCAUGCGGCUGGUAUUAGUUGCAGGUGAGCACCGGUUUCUCUAGCGAAGCUGCUUACUGGCUCAACCGUCGUUUACUCAUUUGAUCAACAGAGGGAUAGUGGAUAGCUUUUUAUUAGCCCUGUUUGGAACAGAAAAGUAUUCUGUACGAUUUUUUUUUGGUGGGGUGUGGGGAGGGGGAAUAAAUUAAUUUCUAGUAAUAAAUCGGGAAAUUGCUAAGUUCAAAAGGGGCUUGGAAUUCUUCUCUCCCUUUUUUUUGGAAUAUAGUCUUUUUAGAAAUAAACCGGGAAAUUCGUAGUUGAAAGGAGUUUUGAAAAUUUGAAUGCUACAUGAAAAUCUUCUAUAUAUAAAGUCAUUUUCAACAAUUAUAUUAAUUCCAUUGGAAAUAUAUACGAUCUCAUAAUUUAUCCUGUUUGUGUCUUACGACUUCUUUGGGGGGUUUGCCAAGUUGUCGUGUUAUUUUAAGUUCAUAACCUCUUCUUAUGACGAUUCUCAAUUCACGUGGCUUUACUAUAUGCUGUUUUCAAUCUCUAAUUUUCUAUAUCAUUAUUAAACAUGUGCCUGUGAGUUUUUUAGUCUCCGGUCCGGUAGUAUAGAGGAAUUUCAUUUGCCUGAUAGACAAAUUGCGAUAGAAAUUACAGCACAGAAGGAGGAAAUUGUUAUACAAUUUUUUUGAGCACAUGAUAAACAACUGAGAGACUACGACAAGUUAACACACGAGGAGGCUAUCACGGGGAACACAUUGUAAUAACUGAAUAAUUGGAAUCACUCAUCACUCAUGACUUUGCCUUGACCAUUUAAUUAAGCCUUGAUUUAUAUAAACAGCAUUAUCAGAGUAUCAGUCCAUAACUCCUCCAUGCAUGCAUCCAUGCACAUGCUAAAAACAUCCUCAAGGUAUUUUAUAAAGGUCCUAAUUAAUUAGUAAAUUGAAAGGUACACCUUGUCAACAGUAAACUAACCACUUCCAAUAGAACCCCCAAAAAAAAAACAGCACAGUAACCACUCUAUGAACAAUUUAGAAGUUUCCAUAGGUUUCUGUGCCGCCAAAAAAAAUGGUGUGCCGGAAGGAGAAGAUUCAGCUGGUCCAGGAGAAGUCUUUACUCGUCAUUAGCUCUUCAAACAUCGCACUAGCGACAGCGUGUGGUAAAAUCAUUUGACGUGUUGAUUAAUAGUUGGGAUGCUGAUUCAAGUUCACAUUUGUGUGAGCGUCUCCUGUUCAAUCUACUCGUUGCUUGAAUUUUUCCCCCUUUUGUUCGACAGUCGGAGAAAUACUAUUUUAAGUGUAUUGAAGGGAGAAAAAUACGCCAACAUGCUAAUAAGAUAAUCAUGUUGAUUAGUUGCAAUGAUGCCUUGAAAAUUUGGGAUCCCUUUCAUCAGAGAAUUGUUAAUUGUUGUUGAGGAAAAUUGCAGGAAUCCCUCUAAACUUGAAGUACAGUGCCGAACAAGUCCCUUGAACUUUAAAGUAAAUUUGAAAAUGUAUAAAAUCAACAAUAAGGUUCAAUUAGAUCUCAAUAAGUGUUUGCUUAGCUAAAAGUUUGGUGGUAUACCUUAACUUUCUUCCUUCUGUUGAAAGUAUAUACCAACAAUUAUUUUUCCUUAUGUCCCCGCAAAAGAAAAAAAAACAAUUUCUUCCUUCUGUUUACUUUUUGAUUUUUUUUCCGAGAAAAAAGUACUUUGUUAUCCUAUUUCAUUGCAAAACCAGGAUUAGAGCACUAGCCUGCCAAAUUUUCUUUUUUUUCUUAAGAAAAAGAUAAUGGUUUGUCAAUUUACUGUAUUUAUACAUUUAAAUGCAUGGCAUUUUGCUACCAUAAUUUUAGCUGUCAUCCACGGUAUUCGUGUGGUUGCAAAGCAGAGGCCUCAUUGAUUGCCCAAGAGCUUAUUAUGAACUUAUUAGCGAUUAAAAAAAUAUUUUUUAAAUCUCUAAUACAUAUGUACUUAGCGACUUAAAAGGCAAUGAAAAAGAAACUAUGUUAAAAAUAUCUUAAAAUCAAGUUUAAAAUUAAGUUUCAGAAUUAGCAUAGAGAAAAUGUGUGUUACUCUAUAUACAUACUGUAAAUCCAUCAUGUAAAUACCGAAUCUGUAAGGGUCUAAUCCGCGAAAAAGCAAUCAACGCAAAACUUCCCAAUCAAUCGGCCUCCUACGUGGAACCUUCUCUGCCUGCCGACGUGUACAGCCGCAAGCUGACGUCACACCCCCUUCAAACCGCGUAGCCGUACCCCCCUCCGUUUCUAAUCCCACGUGCUCUUUUGCAUCCCAACCCCUCCUCCUCCGAAUAAUAACUUAUUUAUUUAUUAAUCAUUUUUUCAUCAUUUGACCGCCCGGUUUUAGUAGCCAAUCCCACUCGCCUCACAUUUGCGCACACGGCUAUUUUGACCACGUGACCCAAAAAAACCACACGUGAACUUGUUCUUCCAUUUUCCGCCCCCGCCUAUUUAUAUCCCGCGUUCGAAUAUUUCCCGGGAAACCAUCGCCAACCAUCACAUCUGAUCGAGAACAAGAAGAAGAAGAAGAAGAAGCAAGAACAGCAAGAGGAAGAGAUGCAAAUGGAGUCGUACUACGGCGCGUUCCACGCCGACGAGGCCGCGUUCUUCUUCCCCCACCACGUGCCGGCGUCGCCGGAGCUGCCGUUCGGCCUCAUUGCGUCGCCGGAGCCGGAGCCGGAGCCGGAGCAGGCGGCGGCGGAGGCGAGGCAGAGCGCGUUCCAGGAGUACGGCGGCGCGGUGCACGCCGGAGCGCCGGCGGCGGCGGGGGCUGUCACCACCGGUGGGACGAACAUCCACCGGAGGGUGAUGGACGUGCUGGGCAGGAUGGGCGGCGGCGGCGGCGGGGGGGAGAAGGGGGAGGGUGAGGAGAUGGAGGAGGAGGAGGAGGUGCCGCAGCGGCGGCGGCGCGGGCAGGGCGCCGACGUGGAGAGCAGCCGCGGUUUCCGCCACAUGAUGCGCGAGCGCCAGCGCCGCGAGAAGCUCAGCCAGAGCUACGCCGACCUCUACGCCAUGGUCUCCUCUCGCUCCAAGGGGGACAAGAACUCGAUCGUGCAGUCGGCGGCGAUCUACAUCCACGAGCUGAAGGUCGCGAGGGACCAGCUGCAGAGGAGGAACGAGGAGCUGAAGGCCCAGAUCAUGGGCCACGACGAGCAGCAGCCGUGCGUCACGGUGCAGUUCGAGGUCGACGAGCCGUCGUCGUCGAUCGACUCCAUGAUCGCCGCGCUCCGGCGGCUCAAGGGCAUGAGCGUCAAGGCGCGCGGGAUCCGGUCGAGCAUGUCCGGGAACAGGCUGUGGACGGAGAUGAACGUCGAGACCACGAUUGCGGCUUGUGAAGUGGAAAAGGCAGUGGAAGAGGCUCUCAAGGAAGUAGAGAGGAACCAGCCUGACAGCGAUGCCCCAUUUCCUGGAAGCAAAGGCUGGACACAGACAUCUCAUGUGCAAAAUGUGUUUUGAUCGGUUUUGAAACAUGAUCCUGCUGGGACCCCCAUUUGUUCAUUUUUUUAAAAGCUUGUGAUGGAGCAAGUGGAAAAAAAAUCUCCAUAUCUCCUUGUCAAUGUACCUUUUUUUUGUCCAUGUAGAUACAAUCAUACAAAUAAUAGCUUCCUCUCUUUUCUACAAGGAAAAAAGAAAGAGAAGAGUACAAAAAAGAUUUAAGCAGCUUGUUUAUCAGUUAAAAAAGAAAAGGGAAUCAGAUUUGUCA